AUGGGACAAACUGCCAUUCAUGUUGCUACAGAUAAUAAUAUGUUCGAAAUGGUGGAGUUUCUUAUUUCACAUGGUGCAAAUAUCAAUGCAAAAGAUGGAGAAGGAAAAACAGCACUUACUAUAUCUGCAGAAAAAAGAAAUGAGGAAUUAAACAAAUUUCUUAUUUUGCAUGGUGCAGAUAUUAACUCAGCUGAUAAACGCAAUAGAAAAACUGCCCUUCAUCACUUUGUAGAGAAUAAUAAUAAAGAAAUGGUUGAAUUUAUUCUUUCACAUGGUGCAAAUAUCAAUGCAAAAGAUAUAAUUGGUGAGACCGCUCUUCAUAUUUCAUCAGAAAGAAAUAAUUACGAAAUAUCAGAAUAUCUUAUUUCUCAUGGUGCAGAUGUCAAUAUAAAAAACAGACAUAAAAGAAAAACGCCAUUUUAUUAUGCCUUGAAUAAUGAUAAUAUAGAAUUAUGUAAACUUCUUAUUUUUAAUGGAGUGGAUGUCAAUAUAAAUUUAUCAUAUGGAAAAACUGCUUUACAGUAUUUUGUAGAUAAAAAUCAAAAAGAAAUGAUGGAAAUUUUAAUUUCGCAUGGUAUCAAUAUCAACGCAAAGGACAGUUUUGGACAAACUGCACUCCACACUUCAUCAGAAAAUAACAAUACGUAUUUAUCAAAAUUUCUGAUUUUGCAUGGUGCAAAUAUCAAUCUAAUGGAUUGUCAUUGGAAAACUGCAUUCACUAUUUCAGCGAAAAAUAAUAAUAAAGAAUUAUCAGAAUUUUUAAUUUUUCAUGGUGCAGAUAUCAAUUCAAAGGAAAAAGACGGGAAAACGGCUCUUCAUUAUUAUAUUCAGCAUAAUAACAAAGCAAUGGUGGAGUUUCUUCUUUCGCAUGGUGCAAAAAUCAACGCAAAAGAUGAAGAUGGAAUAGCUCCACUUUCAAUAUCAGCAAUAAGCAAUAGCGGCAAAGAAUUAUCCGAAUUUCUUAUUUCAAAAGGUGCAGAUGUCAAUUCAAUUGACAAAUAUGGAAGAACUGCUCUGUCUUUUUCGGCAGAAAAUAAUAAUAAAGAAUUAACAGAAUUUCUUAUUUUAUGUGGUGCAGAUGUGAAUGUUAAGGAUGCAAAUGGAAAAACUCCUCUCCAAUAUUUUGUGAAAAAUAAUCUUGUUGAAAUGGUUGAAAAUCUUAUUUCACAUGGUGCAGAAGUCAAUUCAGCUGAUAAUGAUGGAAAUUCUCCCCUCCUUAUUUCAGCAGAAAAUAAUUUCCAUGAAAUUGCAAAUAUUCUUAUUUCUCACAAUGCCGACGUUAAUGCAACAGAUAGAAAAAGGAAAACGGCACUUCUUUAUGCUUUACAAAAUAAUAAUAUUGCACUAGCAGAAAUUCUUGUUUUAAAUGGGGCGAAUGUGAAUGUAUGUGAUUUACUUAGAAAUACUCCACUUCAUUAUGCUGUUCUUGAUAAUUGUAAAGAAAUAAUAGAAAUACUUCUAUCUAAUGGAGCCAAAAUUAAUGCCAUUAAUUCAAUCAAUGAAACAGCUCUGCAUCUUGCUGUAUCUGAAAAUUACAAAAAAAUUGUAGAGAUUCUUAUUUCAAACGGAGCCGAUGUUAAUGUCCUCAAUGAUGAAAAAAAAACUCUUCAUCAUCUUGCAGUUUAUUAUAAUUACAUAGACUUAGUUAAAACAUUUAUUUCCAAUGGAAUAGAUAUUGAUGUAACAGAUGAAAAGGGGCAAACCCCUCUUCAUAUUGCUGCACUUAAAAAUUGCCCGGAAUCAGCAGAAUUUCUUCUUUCUCAUGGUGCAGAUAUCAAUGCAAGAGAAAAGAUUUAUGGUGAUACUCCUCUUCAUUUUGCCGCAGUUAAUCAACAUUAUGAAAUGAUUGAACUUCUGGUUUUGCGUGGUGCAGAUGUGAAUGCAAAAGAAUAUAAAUAUGGAGAUAUACCUCUUAAUCUUGCAACGCUUAAAGGAGAUUUGAAAAUUGUUGAAUUUCUUAUUUUACAUGGAGCUGAUGUUAAUGCAACAGAUAAAAGUGGGCAAAUUCCUCUUCAUCUUGCAUCAUAUAAACAUAAUAUCCCAAUGAUUAAUCUCCUUGUUUCGCAUGGAUCAAACGUUGAUGCAAUAGAUCAUAACGGAAGAGUUGCCUAUCGAUUAUAA